UGGAGCUGGGUUGCCUGGUCCUCUCUGCUCUUCUCCCUCCCCCUCCCCCACGGGCAGUGGCACCGACUGACCGACAGAAGCAGGUGCUUUGGAGGUGGGGGUGGUGCCAGCAGCCAAGGGGUUAAUGGUCCUGGCAGGGGCUCGAUGGAUCACAAGGGUCAGAUGUCCCUCCUGGAUAGGGACAGGCACAGGAACGCAAGCUGCUAUUCCCGGGCUCUGAUCACGGUCACCUAUUUAUAGAGCUGGGGGGGGCCUCGGCCCUCCCCACACAGGCGGUGGAGAGGCUGCUCUGCUGCAAUGUCACCAGCGUCACUGCCACUGCAGGCUGCUGGCAUCUGCCGCUGCCGCAGGCUCCGGGGCCACCAGGCACUGUGUGAAGCAGAGACUCGGCCGGCCACAUGGGCAGCACCAUGGAGCCCCCCGGGGGUGGGUACCUGCACCUGGGCGCUGUGACAUCGCCUGUGGGCACGGCCCGCAUGCUGCAGCUGGCCUUUGGCUGCACCACCUUCAGCCUGGUGGCCCACCGGGGCGGCUUCGAUGGCGUCCAGGGCACCUUCUGCAUGGCCGCCUGGGGCUUCUGCUUCGCGCUCUCGGUCCUGGUGGUGGCUUGUGAGUUCACCCGGCUGCACAGCUGCCUGCACCUGUCCUGGGGAAACUUCACAGCAGCCUUCGCCAUGCUGGCCACGCUGCUAUCCGCCACAGCUGCGGUCAUCUACCCACUGUACUUCACCCAGCUGGAGUGCCUACCCGAGCCCGCGGGCUGCACAGCCAGGGACUUCCGCAUAGCAGCCAGCAUCUUCGCCGGGCUCCUCUUCCUGGCCUAUGCCACGGAGGUGGCCCUGACCCGGGCCCGGCCAGGUCAGGUGGCCAGCUACAUGGCCACGGUGUCGGGACUCCUCAAGAUCGUCCAGGCCUUUGUGGCCUGCAUCAUAUUUGGGGCGCUGGUCCACGACAGCCGCUACGGGCGCUACGUGGCCACCCAGUGGUGUGUGGCCGUCUACAGCCUGUGCUUCCUUGCCACAGUGGUCGUGGUGGCCCUGAGCGUGAUGGGCCACACGGGGGGCCUGGGCUGCCCCUUCGACCGUGUAGUGGUGGUGUAUACCUUCCUGGCUGUGCUCCUCUACCUCAGUGCUGCAGUGAUCUGGCCUGUCUUCUGCUUCGACCCCAAGUACGGUGAGCCUGGGCGCCCCCCCGACUGCCUGAGGGGCAGCUGCACCUGGGACAGCCAGCUGGUGGUGGCCACCUUCACCUAUGUCAACCUGCUCCUCUACGUCGCCGACCUGGCUUACUCCCAGAGGAUCCGCUUCGUGCCUACCUUGUAGCCCGACAGGCAGCGGCCCACCCACCUCUGCUCUCCAGGGCUCAGGCACCAUGAGGGGACCCAGACUUUGAAGCAGGUGCUGUUGUGACCCACUUUGCAGAUGGGGACCCUGAGGCUAGGAUUAAGAAGUUGGCCCCAAGCGUCCAUAAACGUCUGGAGACCACAUUUGGGCUGAGUAAACUAAGUAGUGUGAAAAAGGAGCGUGGUGAGCCUGCGCUUCCUCUAGCCUUGAAGGGGCAGUUCCUGGAGCCCUGGAAGGACAGCUAUCCAAGCAGGGCCCUGCUGGGGCAUCUGUGCCAACUCGAGGAGGAGCUGGGAAUCAGGACCCCGCCUUGCCGCCUCUGAGCGGCCACAGCUUUGGAAGCUGAGCAAGGACUCUGGUGUGGUCACACAGGGCAGCCUCAUCAUGCUGGAGACAGUGCAGGCUUGGAGGGAUCCAUGGGGCGGCAACACUGACAAGAGCACAGCAUGCUAAGGAGAAGCUGGGUUCCCACCCAGGCAGGGAGCCACCACUGGGCCCCUGCUGUCUGCCCCGAUGCGGCAGCUUCUGCAGUGCCUGCCAUGGGCCCCGGGGGGCUGGCCUAGGGCAGCCCUGACCCAGGGGAGGACCAGCCUGGGGCAGCCACUGGGGCAUGGAGCCUGGGCACCAGGCAUCACCCUGGUGCUCACCCGCCCACCACCUCUGUUCAAGUGUUCAUUUGCCUGGCUGCCAACCACGAGGGCCUGCUGGGGCCAUUGUCCUCCACACUCCAGGGAGCUUCUCCCACUCAAGAACCCAGACUGGGCCAGCCCAGAGCAGCGCACUAGCUGCCGAAGCACAGCAGCCGCUCAGCCCAUAGACGGGCCCCUGGCCUUGAGCAGGAACUAAACACCAACGCUGAUCUGCACGGAGAAGUUUCUGCUUAGGGGGUGGUAGCCAGAGGGGGUGGUGGCCAGCUGUCCCUCCUGGGUCAUCCACCAGCAUGUUCCCAGAGACGAGCCUAGACUGGGCUUGGCUGAGGAAGGAGGCAGCUGCGGGAGGGCUGGGGCACUCUGGGGGUAAGAGUGGCCUCCCGAGGAAGUAGUGUCCUCUCCCCAGGUGGGUGACAGCAAGGGGAGGAUGGGGGUGGGGAGCUCUCGGCACUCACCACCACUGCUGGGGUUUCCAAGGGCCCUGGGCAUAGCAGUGGGCAGAGGGGCUGCUACACCCGUGGCAGCAGAGCCCAAGCAGCUGUUAGGCACGGGGUCCAAGGGCUCCCUGUGCUGGCACCAUGCACAGUGUGAGAGAAGUGGCCCGCCCGCCCGCUGGGGAGGGCACACGCACAGGGGUCCUUUACCUGGAGAGGCCCGUCUUCAGCAGCAGAUCCCUGAGGGGGCAGGGACCCCAGAUCCCUGAGGGGGCAGGGACCCCUGUGUCCUGAGGCGUCCUGAGGGCCCUGCUGGCUGAGGGAGGGCGGGGGUUGGGAGUGUGUUACCAGGUGACAAAGGAGCAUAUGGGCCACACCCUUCCCAGCUCACAGGGAGGCCUAGACAGUCUUCCUUUUCUAAUCAAAUUUCUGAAAUGAGUUAUCUGUCACCAACUUCCAAUUUCCUCACUGUCCUAUGGACUUCUGCCCCCAGAGCUCCACCCAGCCUAAGUUUCAAAGAUCCUGAGGGGGAGAGAGAGGAGGCAAGGGGUUCCAGGGCUCAAGAUAAGCAUGGCAGAUGUCGACUGGCCUCCGGGAGGCUGCCCUGGGGAUUGUCUUCAUGCCAUUCUCUCCCCGGAUCAGAGGACUCUUGCUCUUUGGAGGAAGGAGUUAUUUGUCGUCGUCACUUGAGAAACAAUACUUUUUAAAGGAUGGACUCUGUUCUCUGAUUAUAUACAGUCAGUUAAAAUGGAGUGGGACCCCCAAGUUUGCGUCUAUGGGUUUGAGUCUGGGCCACUCCCUGAACAGUCCACUUUGGACCGGAUCUUACUAUAGCUCCUCCCUAAGAGGGUGAGGACUGAACACCAGAAUAAACAUACGAGGAGGCCUGGACAUCUGCCGCGUACACACGCUCACUACAGUGGUCUGGUGGUGUUGAUGUUGGUCAUUAUUAUGUCAAGGAGAACUCACAGCCCUGCUUCUGCGGCACAAUCAUCCAAGUAACACUGAAAUUACAUUUCAGAACAGUUUGUCGUCAUUUAAGAUACAGAACCGAAAAAAUAAAGCACCCCCACCCCCUCCCCUGGUGGGGGGAUGGGAUGUCAAUGAU